UUCACAGGAAAAGACAUUCCCUCGUUUCCUUUCUCCUUGCAUGAUUUCCUUGCGUCUCUCCUAUGCCUUCUCUGUGGGAUGGACUAAGAUGUGAGAAAGGGAAGCAAACAAAGUGAAGGAUAUGUGGAUGCAAUUCAUGGACAGACUUGACUAAGAAACAAGCUUCCUGUUGUGCGACGGACAGUAAAUGUUUUGGUGAAAACUUGUGUCAAAGACGGAGAUCAUGUCUGUUAAAGGGGUGCUUUUGAAGACACUGGAAGAUUUGUCAGAUGAAGAAUUCAAGAAGUUCAAGUGGUUCCUGCAGGAUCCUGACAUCCUGGUAGGAUUUCAAGCCAUCCCAAAGAACCAACUGGAAAAUGCAGACAGGCUGGACACAGUCGAUAAGAUCAUACAGACCUUCAGCCAUCAGUCUGUAGAAGUGGUGAAGAAGGUUUUAAAGCAGGUUGAUAGGAAUGAUCUGGUGGAGAAAUUAUCAAGCACCAGCCCAGGAGCACAAGAUGUGUUUCCGAGGAGGCAAUCUGAGGCCUGUUCUCCGACCAACACAUUGUUGGAGGCCCUGCUCUCUCUACAGACUUCUACUUCACCCCAGACCACCAACCUCAGUCCAACCACAGUGUCUGCACCGUCUAAACCUACUGCCCUGCUUCUGAACCCUCUGGUGGACAAAGCUCAGAACACCUCAUCCAAGUUUGACAACAUCACCUGCAAAGUUCUUAUCCGAUCAGGAUCUCCUGCUCUCUACCAGCUAAAACCAAAGAAAGAGAACAUUGGAACUCUGACAAGAAUGACUCUUGGUGAAAAAAAUCCAAACAAGAAUAACAAAACCAUCUUACUUGUUGGUGAAACAGGAGCAGGAAAAUCUACUCUGGUCAACACUCUGGUCAACUACGCCAUGGGAGUGGAGUGGGAGGAUGAUGUCUGGUUUCAGAUCGUAGAAGACGAGAAGAGAAGUCAAUCAGGAACUCAGACAUCAGAUGUGAUCGUGUACCAGAUCUUUGGUUUUGAAGAUAAAAUUCUGCCCUUCUCUCUGACCAUCAUUGAUACUCCUGGAUACGGAACCACUGAUGGGAUUGAACACGACGCCAGUCAAAGAUUACUUGACUUGUUUCACUCAGUCGAUGGAGUUCAUGAGAUUAAUGCAGUGGGUCUGGUGAUAACAGGGAGUGUAAAUCGACUGAAUGACCAAAUGAGGUACAUUUUCAAUUCAGUGGCAUCUCUGUUUGGAAAAAACAUGGAGAAGAACAUUGUUGCUCUCAUCACACACUCAGCUGGUGUGACAGCUAAAAAUGUUCUACAAGUUCUUGAAGCUGCAAAGUUUAGAUGUGCCAAAGAUGAGAAGAAUCAGCCGAUUCACUUCCUGUUUGAUAACAGCCAAAAUGAAUGCAGGACAGAGAACACAUUGAAACUCAAAAUUGCAGAUGAAAUAUCAAUAAAAGGAAUGAGUCAGUUCACAGAUUUCCUGAAUAUAACUUUGCCUCAGAACCUGAAGACAACUGUUGAAGUGUUGAAGUCUCUCAUCGGACUGACAGAUGGUAUCAAAAAACUGCAAGAAAUAAUCAAGUCGAUUGAUCAAAAACAGGAAGAAAUCAAACAGACUCGGGAAGCUCUGAGCAAGCAUAAAGAAGAGAUGAAUAAGAAUGAGAAGUUCACUGAAGAAGUUGAUGAAGUCUACAAAGUUAAACAAAAAGUCGGCAGAGAGAGGAGGUGGUGGGCACUUGGGUUAAAUUAUGGAGGAGCUGUCUGCUGUACUGUCUGUGAGGAGACCUGUCACUAUCCAUGCACACUGGCCUUGAUUCCAGAACAAUGUGAGAUCAUGAAUGAUGGCCGCUGCACCGUAUGUACUGGGAAGUGUCCUGCAUCAGUUCAUGUGAAGGAAAAACAAUGCAUUGACUGUGAGGGUGAGUGUUCAGAUGAAUCAAGUCAUGUCAAAACCCGCUGGAAGUAUGUGAGCAAAAAAAGGAAAGUUAAGAAGACCGAACAAGAUGUGAAGGACAAGUAUGAAAAGAACAAAGCAGAAAGUGAGAUAAAGUCGAGCCUUUUUGAAACUCUUAAAAAAGACUUGGAAGGUCUUCAGAAAGACAAGGAUCGGUUGUUGGAAGAGUCCUUUCAGCAUGUUGUCCAACUGGAGCAGAUCGCCCUGAAGGUUGAUGCAGUGUCCACUCAGGUUGACUUGGACUUCCUGAUUGAGAAGAUGAAGGAGAAAGGAGAAACAGAGAAGAAGAAGAAACUGGAAGAGAUUAAACGUCUAAUGGAUAAAGAUAAAGGAAUCAAAGGAGCGAUGCGCUACAGGUUUGGUAAACUUAGAGAAGCACUCCCCUUAAAGAAGAAGUGAUGAAUUAGAUGAACAGAAUCACUGAGAGCAGACAGCUGUGUAGAAAACAAGUUCCACACUGAUGACCAAAUGUUUCAUUAUAGUUGUAUUAAGUGUGAUGUUAAGAACUUUUAAAUGCCAAAUGUGUAAUUCCUGGAGACAGCUCCCUCUGUGGUGUAAUGACUGUUUCUGUUUGUUUUUGUAGUUUCAUCUUUAAUCAACAAAGGUUACUUCACUGUAACAGAUUAGACAACCGUUUGGGAGAACAGCUCUGGUUUUAAAUGCAGUGAGGACGCCCCCUGCUGGUUAAUGUUGAGUACAGCAGCUCCCUCCCUCUAUAUCAAUAACUGAAGUCAGAUCAUGUUGAACACAAAUACAUGUAUUGUUCUUUUCUUUCUUUGUGUGAAUUAGGGCUGAACGAUAUGAGGAAAAUAUCUAAUUGCGAUUAUUACA